UUCUCGAUGUCCUCCUGGUGCGGUCCCGGGAUUUCGCGGAUUUUUUAUUUACCCAAGUGAAUAAGUAACAACAAUUAAUUUCUGUGGAUUGAAAUAACAAUGUUUGCCUCAAGUACUCAGAGGAAACACUGGAUGUACUCAGAUGAAAGUGACCUCACAACCCUGAGAGAAGAAACGAACGCGCAAUUUAUAAAAAAAUAUGGAUCUCACAUGCAAAAAGAACAACGAGAGCAGUUUUUUUUAUCAGACAGUGAGGAAAGGGCACUCGUGCGAUUUUACGAAUUACAACUUCGAGAUUUUUGCAAGAGAUUUUCACCCCCGAUGCCAAGAGCAACAAUAGCCACUGCUCUUCAUUAUUUCAAAAGAUUUUACCUGAGGAACAGUGUGAUGGAUUAUCAUCCCAAGGAGAUCCUCGUCACAUGUGUUUACCUCGCGGCAAAGGUGGAAGAAUUCAAUGUCUCAAUCUCUCAAUUCGUCGCGAACUUGAAAGGCGACAGAGAAAAGGCUUCAGAUAUUGUUCUAAAUAAUGAAUUACUCCUAAUGCAACAAUUGAAUUACAAUUUAACGGUUCACAAUCCGUUCAGACCUGUGGAGGGUCUCAUGAUCGACAUAAAGACUCGUUGCACAGCCCUGGAAAAUCCAGAACGACUCAGGCCACACAUCGACGAUUUCCUGGAGAAAGUAUUUCUCACUGACUCGGUCCUUCUCUACGCUCCGAGUCAGAUAGCUCUGGCAGCUAUUCUGCAUGCAGCUUCAAAAAUAUCAGCCAAUUUGGAUAAUUACGUGACUGAUAUCUUAUUUUCCCGAGAGCACCUCGCAGGAAUAAUCGAAGCUGUUCGAAAAAUCAGGACGAUGGCGAGGACAUUGAUCGACGUGCCAGCGAAAGAAAUCGUGAAAUCCCUUGAGAAAAAAUUAGAGAAAUGCAGAAAUCAGGAGAAUAACCCUGACAGUGAGAUCUAUAAGCGGCGAAUGCAAGAGAUGCUGGACGAGGAGGACAUGCAUGAUAAUGAGAAGUAUGCGAAAAUAGUCCAGGAGCAGGCUGCCCAGGACGAGAAGACUCUCGGUGUCAGAGGACUGGGUUCCCCGUCUCUAUAGCCUCCGGUUGUGCAUGAACUAAUUGAUUUAACUUGAGAAUUUAUUACUCCUAACUUCAUAAAGCCUUUUGUUACCAGAUCAUUUCUGCAUAUAUUUAUUUAUCAUUUGGCAGUGGUGAUUCACUUGAAAUGCAAUUAUAAAAUGCCUUAUCUUA